AUGUCUGGAGAGGCCUGGUUAUACCUGCUUGCGGUUUUAAUAAAUGCCGUCAACCUAUUUCUACAAGUGUUCUUUACGAUAAUGUAUAGCGAUUUGGAGUGUGAUUAUAUCAAUCCUAUUGAUCUCUGCAACCGACUCAACGCAUAUAUUGUCCCUGAAGCCGCCGUACAUGCAUUCCUAACGAUCCUUUUUGUUGUAAACGGAUACUGGUUGACUAUUCUUCUCAACUUGCCUCUUCUGGCUUUUAACGCGAAAAAAAUCUUCGAAAACCAGCAUCUUUUGGAUGCUACCGAAAUUUUCCGGAAAUUAAAUGUCCACAAGAAGGAAUCCUUUAUCAAGCUCGGAUUUCACCUCGUUAUGUUCUUUUUCUAUCUAUACAGCAUGAUCGUGGCCCUCAUUCGCGACGAAUCCCAUUGA